AGACGCACACCCGCCCGACAUCUGUGUCCGUCGGGGGUGGGGGGGUGACUCCGUUUCCGGCCCCGCCCCCGGCCGCACGUGACCGCAGGUGGCGGCAGCGGGGUGGGCGGGGCGGCACUUAGUCACCCGCCGCCCGCUCCGCCCGCGUCGCCCGGCUCCCGGGGCAGAGGAGCGGCGGCGGCGCGGGGCCCCAGAGCGCGCUGCGCCCGGCCGGCGACCGGCUGCGACCCGCGAGGGGCGCCGCCAUGGCCUUCUCGCAGGUGCAGUGCCUGGACGACAGCCACGUCAACUGGCGCUCCAGCGAGGCCAAGCCCGAGUUCUUCUACAGCGAGGAGCAGCGCCUGGCGCUGGAGGCCCUGGCGGCCCGCGGCCGCGACGCCUUCUACGCGGUGCUGAAGCGGGAGAACAUCCGCGACUUCCUCUCGGAGCUGGAGCUCAGGCGCAUCCUGGAGACCAUCGAGGUGUACGACCCCGGCGCCGAGGACCCCCGCGCCGGCGGGGCCGCGGAGGGCGAGGCCGGGGGCGGCGAGGCCGGGGGCGGCGAGGCCGGGGGCGCCCCCGCCGAGGCCGAGCCGCUGCCCUCGCUGGAGUACUGGCCGCAGAGGUCCGACCGCUCCAUCCCGCAGCUGGACCUGGGCUGGCCGGACACCGUCGCCUACCGGGGCGUGACCCGGGCCAGCGUCUACAUGCAGCCCCCCCUCGACGGGCAGGCCCACAUCAAGGAGGUGGUGCGCAAGAUGAUCAGCCAGGCGCAGAAGGUGAUCGCUGUGGUCAUGGACAUGUUCACCGAUGUCGACAUCUUCAAGGACCUGCUGGACGCCGGCUUCAAGAGGAAGGUGGCCGUGUACAUCAUCGUGGACGAGAGCAAUGUCAAGUACUUCCUGCACAUGUGUGAGCGCGCGCGCAUGCACCCGGGGCACCUCAAGAAUCUCAGGGUGCGGAGCAGUGGAGGAACCGAGUUCUUCACACGGUCGGCCACCAAGUUCAAGGGCGCCCUGGCCCAGAAGUUCAUGUUUGUGGAUGGAGACCGGGCCAUCUGCGGCUCCUACAGCUUCACGUGGUCGGCUGCAAGGACGGACCGGAACGUGAUCUCCGUGCUGUCGGGCCAGGUGGUGGAGAUGUUCGACCGGCAGUUCCAGGAGCUGUACCUCACGUCGCACAGCGUCAGCCUCAAGGACGUCCCCAUGGAGAAGGAGCCCGAGCCCGAGCCCGUGGUGCUGCCGUCGCCGGUCCCGCGGGUGCCCUCGGGCGCCAUGGCCAAGAGGCUCGUCAACCCGAAGUACGCGCUGGUCAAGGCCAAGAGCGCCGACGAGAUCGCCAAGUCGUCCUCCGGGAAGCGGGAGGCCGGCAGGCCCCCGGGGGUGCAGGGUGCGCCCCUAGCCGAGCGGCCGGGAGAGCUCCCCGAGCCGCCCCUGCCCGUCCACCCGGGGCUGCUCCACCUGGAACGGGCCAACAUGUUCGAAUACCUGCCCACGUGGGUGGAGCCGGACCCGGAGCCUGGCAGCGACAUCCUGGGGUACAUCAACAUCAUCGACCCCAACAUCUGGAACCCCCAGCCCAGCCAGAUGAACCGCAUCAAGAUCCGGGACACAUCCCAGGCCGGGGCCCAGCUGUGGAGGCAGAGCCAGGACGCCAGCCGCGCCCCCCAGGACGCGGUCCCAGCCGAGAACGGCCUCCCUCCGGGGGACGUCGCGCCGAGGCCUCCCGUGCCCAAGCCCCGGACGGUCCCGGUGGCAGAGCUGCUCGCCCAGGAGGGCGGUGGUGUCGGCUGGGCCCCGGAGACCCCAGAGGAGGAGGCGGCCCAGAACGGGCCGGACCACAGGCUGCCCAGGACGGCGGGCCCGGGCCGUGCCCCGCGUCAGCACCAGCUGUCUGUGACCCAGGAUGGCCCUGAUGGCAGGGCGCCGGCGGUCCCCAACGGGCUAGACGGGGAGGAGGAGGAGGACGAUGACUACGUGACCCUCAGUGACCAGGACAGCCUCUCGGGCAGCUCUGGCCGUGGCCCUGGUCCCCGGCGGCUCUCGGUGGCCUCCUCCUCCGUGUCAGACGAGUAUUUCGAGGUGACGGAGCGCUCGGCCGGCCUCCAGAGGCGCCACUCAGAGCAGGCAGGCAAUGGGCCGGCACGGCCCCCCCGCCGACAGCUGAGUGCCCCCCACAUGACCCGUGGGACCUUUGGUGGACCCCUGCGUGGCUCUUCGUGGGCCCAGGCUCAGGAGGGAGAGGAGGCGGACACUCUGCGGAGGAUGCAGGCCCCAUGCGCGGCGGACGCGGAGGCACAGGGCCAGCGGUUCCAACACUACGGAGUCCCUGCCUCGGGGACCAGGGAUAAAGAUGGCUUCCCACGGCCACUGAGGACCCAGGGACGCCCGUGGUACCGCCCUGCGGCCGACGGUAUCCAGAGCUCCAGCGGGAAACCGGCCGUGGCCAAGGGUGGCCUGGGGCCCCGCGCGCUGCAGAGCCCUGGGAGCCCGAGGCUGGCCCGCAACGCCAGCCCCCCGGCCGACGGCGGAGCCACCGAGGAGCGUGCCAGCCCCUUCGGAAUCCCGUACUCCAAACUGUCCCAGUCGAAGCACCUGAAGGCCAGGACGGGCGGCAGCCAGUGGGCCUCAUCCGACUCUAAACGGCGGGCCCAGGCCCUCCGGGACCGCAAGGACCCCUAGCGCCCAGUGCCCGGGCCUGGAGCCAUGCCACCCACGGCCUCCACCCCAGCCGGGCUCACCGGGCAGGUGUUCCUGGGCCGCUGGACCUCCAGAGCCGCCCGGGAAGGCAGGAACGGGGGGAGGGCGGCGACAUGGACCCUCACCUGGUCGGUGCACCAGUACCAGGCAGCCAUGAUGGUCAGGCCGAAGGUCAUGCCGGUCCACGGGAGGUCCCCCGUGUAGGGGUCCCGGAACAGGUGCAUGGCGUCCGCUCGCGGCACAUGGCAGGUCGUGUUGGGGAUGGUCCUGGACGGGACGGCCUGGGCGUAGGCUGCCGCCAGCUGCUCGUACCCGCCGAUCUGCUCGAAAGCUGCAGGGGGCGGGAGGAACAGGGAUGGUCGGUGGCUGGUGGCCGUGAUGGCAGCCCCGCUGCCCUCAUCUUACAAGUCACUUCCUGAUGUAUCAAACUCGACUUCUUCCCACCUGGCCUUUCCCUGUGUUUGGGAAGGUAUGGAGGUAGAGGGUUUAAAAAAAAGGGGAAUCCAAAGGACUCUUUUAUUUGUAUUUAAAAUAAUAUUAAAUGAGCAUUUUGCACGUGG